UGCUGUCGGUAUCGGUACUGGUGAGCAGAUCGGUGGCUCGGUUCGGGUGUCAUAGAGCCGGGAUGAGGAGCGGCGGCGGGGCGGUGAUGGGGUUCGGGCUGGCGGCCGGUGGAGCGGCGGUGCUGUACCUCAGUUACCGGGGAGCGCGCGCAGGAGCCCGCAACAAUGCGUCCGUGCGCGCACACGAGCUGAACCGGCAGUUGGACUUGGAGGACGGAGACGUGUACAUGUCGUCCCACGAGCACCGCUUCCGUCUCUUCAGCUCGCUGGAAUACGAGGGUCAGCUGUACAUGACGCCUCAGAACUUCAUCGAGUCAGUGACCAUGAGCGAGCCAAAGAGUAAGAAACCCUGGAGAGCCCUCAGUAAACAGGAGCUGGAGAAGAUCCUCUCUGAGACACCUCCAGUGUGGAAAGGAAGUUCUACGCUUUUCCGAAAUCUGAGAGAGAGAGGCAUCAUCGCUUACACCGAGUAUCUCUUCCUGCUUUGUAUCCUGACCAAGCCUCAUGCUGGCUUUAAAAUAGCCUUCAACAUGUUCGACGCCGACGGCAACCAGAUGGUGGACAAGCAAGAGUUUCUGGUGCUGCAGGAAAUCUUCCGGAAGAAGAACGAAAAGAAGGGACGCAAAGGAGACGCAGAGAAGUCAGCUCAGCUGCGCACAGACGAGAGCAUGAUUGACACCACGCUGCUCAUACACUUCUUCGGGAAGAAAGGAAAGGCAGAGUUGACGUUUGACGACUUCUACAGGUUUAUGGAUAACCUCCAGACGGAGGUGCUGGAGAUCGAGUUUCUGACGUACUCGAAAGGCAUGACCACCAUCAGCGAGGAAGAUUUUGCUCGCAUCCUCCUGCGGUACACUAACGUCGAGGACAUACGCAGCUACCUGGAAAACGUGCGGCAGUCCAUUCCUGAUGAAAAGGGCAUCACUUUUGAUGAGUUCAGGUCUUUCUUUCAGUUCCUGAACAACCUUGAAGACUUCGCUAUCGCCAUGCAGAUGUACAACUUCGCCAGCCGUUCCAUCGGACAAGAUGAGUUUGCGAGGGCGGUGUACGUAGCGACGGGGCUUAAACUCACUCGGCACCUUGUGAACACCAUCUUUAAGAUCUUCGAUGUGGACCGUGACGACCAGCUGAGUUACAAAGAGUUUAUUGGGAUCAUGAAGGACAGAUUGCACCGUGGAGCCAGGGGCUAUAAGGAUGUUGAACGGUUCACUUCCUUCAGGUCAUGUCUGAAGAAGGAGCUGGCAGGAAGAUAAGUACACACAUCAGCAGGAAUGAGUUUUCCUCUCGGCCAAAACAUGGUGAGCGGGGAGCGAGUCUUCAGCUGUGUGCGGUCAGUCUGGGGUCCAUUUAAAGAACGAAGCCUUCAUCAUCACCUCCACCACCACCACCAUGAUCAGAAGUCUUCCACGGCACGUCUGCCAAGACGAUUCUGCAUGUUCUGCAUGACCUUUCUUCCCUUCUCUCAGUACUUCCAACACUUGAUUACUUGAAGUGGGGAUCACGUAUUAAAUUUAAUGAUCGAAUUAUUCAUGCAGCACACGACGACGCGAUCUCUAUUUAAAAUGCACACAGUUCAUCAUCCUGCUGUUUUUCUUAGCCUGUACGAUUUCAGUUUAUUUUAAUCGUUGUAAUUGAACAAGCCGGUAAUGAUACUGCUAUCCUAGUUUUCUUUUCGGGGGGGGGGGUAUUUAUUACUGUGAAUACUUUCACACCUGGAUUUAUUUCGAAUAAUUCGUUUACUCAGACAAGUGAAACCAAAAUGAGCAAACUAGCUAAAGCAGAGCUUAGAAUAAUGUACUGCAUUUUGUUCCGUAAUACUAUUUUUGAGUCUCAGUAAUGAUUGGUCAGAAGGUGUGUGUGUGGGGAUAAUCUAAGGCUAAUAAUCAACAGAUUAAAAACGCAUGGUGGAAUCAUUGAAAUGGUGACGUUUUCUGCAGUAAGGAAAUUUAACAUUUACAGAAGGAGUCUUCACUGCUCGAGAUAAAACUAACUUUUCCAACAUCUUUCUCCGUAACAUGACAAAAUGUAGGCUUUUUUUUUUAAUCUUAUGAACUUUGAGAUGAAGUAAAAAGAGAGGGUGGUCAGGGAACAACUGUUUACAACAGCGAUAACGCAAGCGAUAGCAUGAACAUUUAACACUAAAUGGAUAAAAUAAAAGUAUGAAAUAUAGAAUAGAAUACCUUUGUCACUAUACACAUACAAUGAGAUUUAAAGCAUCUCCAAUAACAGUUCAAACAGCGUGUAGAGAGAGAGAGAGGAAGGGGGGAGAAGAAAAAAAAGGGGGAUAUUCUGGAAUAAAUAAAAAAAAACAUGGUAACUGCUGUAGUAUAAGAGGAAUAAAACACUCGGGGCUGGGUUGAUGUAAGAAAAUGAUCGUCUUCGUGGCAGUAACAGUAACUCGAAGGCGGAGUUUUGUUCCUUAUCCAAUCACUGUUUAUAAUAUUAAAAAUGAAUAUACAGUACUGUGCGAAAGUCUUCGGCGCGUAUAAAGAAAUGAUGUGGACCAAAAAUGGCUUAAAAUUAUGAAAUCAAAAGUUUCAAUAUUUAAAAAAAAUAAAUACUAUAAACAGCAAUAAGCCAUAAUAAACGAAACAAAGUCAGUAUUUGGUGUGAGACGACCCUUUCCUUUAAAAAAAAAAAAGCAGUCUCGGGUACAGUGAGUGCAGUUUUGUAAGGAAGUGAGCUGUAGGUUUUACUGAGCAUCUUGCAGAACCAGCCACAGUUCUUCUGGACACGGAGUGUCCCACUCGCUUCUUAGACCCCGUCCACACGUAGCCGGGUAUCUGCUAAAUCGAAGAUAUUUUUCUACGUUUUGGCCUGUCAUCCACAUGAAAACACAUCAAAAACGAAUAUUUAAAAAAACUCCGGGCAAAGUGAAGAUUUUUGAAAACUCCGUGUAUGCCUUUUCGUGUAGACAGAGAUAACCGGAGGUUUGCGUUUUAGAACGUCACAAUCUGCGCCAAAAAAAUGACAACAAAUCUGCCCUGACGUCAAACGUGCAACCUUUGUUUACUGCAGAAGCCAGAUUAAGCAUGGACUUAAGCUAGCCGCACACCACGGCGAUCCACGCGGUACCGAACCGACCCAUUUCAGAGCCGACUCCCGACAGGGCACGCACAUAUCCCCCGACUGUUGACGAGUGCAGUCGCGAUUGAAGCGACA